AUGCUGCACCACUUGAUGGUGGGCACCUGGACCCCUCCUGGGGCCAUCUUCACCUUUGAGUUUGACGAUGUAGCUUUGACGCUGAAGAUGAUCAAGAGGACCGCCAUUCCUGAAGAUCAGCCUAUCUCGUGGAUGACCUUCGACCAUGCGAAGAAGACCAUCUAUGGUGCAUCGAUGAAGAAAUGGGCCAGUUAUGCCGUCAAGAGCCCUACAGAAAUUAUUCACCAGGCCUCUCAUCCCAUGUCACAUGACCCCAGAGCCGCGAGUCUCGACACCAACACGCGCGCCAUCUUCGUGCUGGCCGCGAAGCAGGCGCCGUUCAACGUGUAUGGCAAUCCCUUCUACGACCACGCCGGGUUCGGGAACGUGUUCUCGGUCGACUCGGAGGGCGCGCUGGUGAAGAACAUCCAGAACUACGAGUACAGCCCGGAGACGGGCAUCCACGGCAUGGUGUUCGAUCCCACCGAGACGUACCUGUACUCGGCGGACCUGCGCGGGAACAGCAUCUGGACGCACAAGAAGGACAAGGAGACGGGCCAGCUGACGCUCGUCAACCGUCUGCGCGCCCCAGCGCCGGGCGACCACCCGCGCUGGGUCGCGCUGCAUCCCAGCGGGAAGUACCUGUAUGUGUUGAUGGAGGCCGGGAACCGACUCGCCGUCUACGUGAUCGACGAGCAAUCGCACAUCCCGACCUUCACGCAGCUGACGUACCCGCUGAUCCCGCCGGGGAUCCCGAACCCCAAGAUGUACCGGUCGGACGUGUGCACGCUCUCGCACAGCGGCCGGUACCUGUACGCGACGUCGCGGGCCAACGCGGCGCACCUGACGGGCUACAUCGCGGCCUUCAAGCUGGGCCCCGCGGGCAACGUGGAGCGCCAGAUCUGCCUGAACCCGACACCGACGAGCGGAGGGCAUUCCAACGCCGUCAGCCCGUGCGACUGGAGCGAUGAGUGGGUGGCGCUGACGGACGACCAGGAGGGCUGGCUGGAGAUCUACCGCUGGAACGAGGAGUUCUUGGGGAGGGUGGCGCAUUGCGAUGUGAAGGAGCCCGGGUUUGGGAUGAAUGCUAUCUGGUAUGAUUAAAGGGCUUUGAAUGCUGUUAUUGCACAGAACCCGGAAACUUUCCUAUCUUGUCCAUGACUGACUAGAUAAUGUAAACUACUUGCU